AGUAUAUAUCUACGCCAUAGCCGAUCCGCGUUUGUAUAAGCAGUAGCAGUAGAAACAGCUGUAGCAGUAGAAGCAGUAGAAGCAGCAGCAGCAGCACUAGCAGUAGUGGUAGUAGCAGUUGACGAGAGAGCGGCUCAUUUGGCGUUGGUUUAUUGCCGGAGAAAGGCAAUAUAUAUCGCGCGGCGAUCGACUCCGACAUAUAUAUAAGAGUUCGCGACAGUUUACUGCUAUAUAUACACAUGCGCAAAAAUAUAUAGCACGCGUACGUGUGUGUGUGCAUGUCGUGUCGAGCAACGAGUGCAACUGCGGAGGAUCCGUGCGCGCACAGGACAAGAGAUAAGAGCGAAGAAGAUACACGGAGGAAGAAGAAAAGUCAUGUGGUCGCCGCGAGCGGCUCCGUGUCAGCCGCCGAUGCUGCUGUCUGCUGCUGCCGCCGCGAUCUUAACGAUUCUGAUCCUGGCGCCGGGGUCGCGGGCCGAUUACCAGGAGUUCCUGCUGAACGAGCAGAUCGAGGACAAACUGAACCUGCUGAGACCGGCCAACAUCUUCAAGACGCAAUGGCUGCUGGAGGGGCGCGACGACGACCACCUGGCCAGACCGAUCAACUCCAGCUGCGCCAGUGACCUGUCGCUGUUCAUCAGGGCGCUCGGCAAUCGCGAGCCAUGGGCGCUAAAAAUGCUGGACGCCUCGUCGAAGGUGCCCUCGGGCCUGCUGCAGGGCCACGUGAUCGACAUGGGCAUGUACGACGAGUGCCUCGAGGUCGCAGGCCGCCACUGCAUGUACGAGCUCAACCCGACGAUGGUCGGCCACGACGAGCACCACUUCCCGCUCAAUCCGACCCUGUCGCUCUGUCUGCCGGCCAGUUGCUCGGCCCAAGACGUCUAUCGGCUGCUCAACGACACCAUCGCCUCGGAGCGUCGCCUCCAAAGUCUCGGCAUCUCCGUGGCCUCCGCCACCUGCACCACCGUCGAGUCCAAGUCCUCCGAUUCGGAGCUCUACUGUCUAGUCAUUGUCAUGGUGAUCUACAUCGGGUUCUUGGUAAUGUGUACGCUGCUGGAUCUGCGCGAGCGACAAGAGGCGGCCGAGCGAGCCGAUUGCAAAGCCAUCGCUUCUAAAUCCGACGCGGCCGCGCCGGAGACGUCGACGACCGGUUUGACGAAAACACUCGUGCGAUUUUCCUUCGUACGGAACGCCGAGGCCGUGCUCAGCACGAAAGUGCACGAGGGCAAUCUGCCGGUCAUCAAUGGGAUACGCGUCAUCAGCACCGCCUGGAUCGUCCUCUUUCACGAGUACUUCGUCCAGCUCUUCGGCGUCAACGUCAACGUUCUGGACAUUCCCAAGUGGUUUUCGUCGAGGAGAUCAUUAUACCCGCUCGUCGGCGUAUUUGCGGUUGACACUUUCUUGGCACUGAGCGGUUUCUUGAUGACCUACACAUUUUUCAAGCAAAUCGAAAAGAAAAAAACUUUCAAUGUAUUUUUGUACUAUCUACAUCGUUUCAUAAGAUUGACACUGCCCGUGGCUGCACUUGUGGCAAUAACGAUAAUUUUGCUGCCAAGAAUAACAACCGGAGCACGACUCGAGUGGCUGCAAGACAUAUUCGUAUCGGGUUGCCGCUCCAAGUGGUGGUCUAUUUUAUUGUACGUGCAGAAUUUCGUCGAAAAGGAUAACUACUGUCUCUUGCACUUGUGGUCGUUGUCGGUGGAUAUGCAGCUUUUGUGGGUUUCACCGGUCAUCCUUUUGCCAUUGUACAGAUCACCAAAAGUUGGUAUGGCAAUCGCUCUCACAUUAUUCGUAACUUCGAUAGCGACAUCCGCAGCUUUGGUUGGAAUAAACAAAUACUCAGCGAUAUACCUAACGAGAGAGCUCAACAUGCCGCAAGUAUUGGGCUCUUUCAGAGAUGUCUAUGAAAUGUCGUACACGCGCGCAUCGCCUUGGUUAAUGGGUGUAUUAUUUGGCUACGAAGUCACGUACAAAAAAAUCAAACCGAACAAGAUAAUCAUAUGCUGCGGCUGGAUACUUAGUAUAGCAGCGUUCAUUUUUUGCAUACUCGGGACGGCAUCUUUUACAUACGCCAGCUACCAAUACAGUCCAAUUUGGGAAAUCGUGUUCGCCGCCGCCGCCAGACCUGCUUGGGCAUUCGGCAUCUGUUGGAUCAUUUACGCCAGCAUACAUAAAUCAGCCGGUUUAUUGGCGAAAUUUUUGUCUUGGAAAAUUUUCCUGCCUCUCAGCCGAAUAUCGUACAGCAUUUAUCUGGUUCACAUAAUAUUUCCAAUGAUCCAAAUAGCUGCGUUGCGUGCACCGAGAUUUUUCAACGAGUAUUCAAUCAUCCACUCGUACAUCAGCAAUCUAGGACUGUCCAUCGUCGCGGCGUUCUUCUUCAGUCUCACCUUCGAAGUGCCCAUGCUGAUAUUCGAGGAUAUUAUAUUCGGCAGUAAAAAGGCCGUCGCCGCCACAGAGACGCGCAAAAGCCAGUGAUAUGAAACAUUUUGCAUCCUGUCGCGUAUUUGAGCAGAGACGAUGAAUCGAGAAUCGAUGUUCGUUCGACUAAUCGAUAUCCAAGACAGAGCAAUGUACAUUUGAAUUCGUCCAAAGGUAGAUUAAGUUGCAUGAUUAUGAAGUGCGCUUUGUGAUGAUGGGGCAGGGGUCCGAUCGAUCGUGCAGCAGCAGCGCCCGGCGCGCGAGUUUCGUUUUGUAAAUACGGAGUUGAUGAGUUCGUAUUAUAUACGUUUAUCAUAUAUGUAUAUGAUUUUUAGUAUGGUAAUGAUCGACGUAGACGUACACAGUAUUACUUGUAAUGUAUAUAAAUGUACACGCGUACGCACGCAUAAAUUAUACACCCAAGUGCCAAUGACUCGCGCGAGUCCGGAUAGUUGUAUUUUGAUUGUAUUGUGCGAAAGAGAGAGAGAGAGAGAUAGAGAAGAGAGUGCGCGACACGACCACAUUAUCGUACGUAUCAUCUCUAUCGUCAGCUUGUUGUUGUUAUUUAUUUUCUCGAGUUUGUAUGUCUGUGUGCGUGUAUGUGUGUGUAUGUGCGCGUUACGCAACUAUAUAUAAGUGUAUAAGAUUCACAAAAGCACGUGUCGAAAGGCCGUCGACGAUCGAUCAACGGGCUAAUGACUCGUUGAUAUAUACGUACGUCAUAUGUAUAAUCACAGGAAUUGGAUAAUUUUAAGGUUUUUUUUUGUUACACCUUUAG